AUGAGCCCCCGGCCCCCGCGGGCCCUGCCCUGGGCCCUGGCCCUGCUGCUGGCGCUGGGGCUGCACCGCCUGGAGGCCGGGGCCCGCAGGGCCCUGGACCCCGACUUCCGGGAGAACUACUUCGAUCAGCUCCUGGAUCAUUUCAACUUCGAGAGGUUCGGCAACCAGACCUUCCCGCAGCGGUUCCUGGUGUCAGAGAAGUUCUGGAAGAGGGGUGAGGGGCCCCUGUUCUUCUACACGGGCAACGAGGGGGACGUGUGGGCCUUCGCCAACAACUCGGGGUUCAUCCUGGAGCUGGCGGCAGAGCAGGAGGCCCUGGUUGUCUUUGCGGAGCACCGCUACUACGGAAAGUCGCUCCCCUUCGAGGAGCGGUCCACCCGCCGCGGGUACACGGAGCUGCUGACGGUGGAGCAGGCGCUGGCCGACUUCGCCAGGCUGCUCCAGGCGCUGCGGCAGAGCCUCCGGGCCCAGGACGUCCCCGCCAUCGCCUUUGGCGGGAGCUACGGGGGGAUGCUCAGCGCCUACAUGAGGAUGAAGUACCCCCACCUGGUGGCGGGGGCGCUGGCGGCCAGCGCGCCGGUCGUGUCAGUGGCCGGCCUUGGGGACUCCUAUCAGUUCUUCCGGGACGUCUCAGUGGACUUCCAGGGCCAGGGUCCCAAGUGUGCGCAGGGCGUGCGGGACGCCUUCCGGCAGAUCAAGGACUUGUUCCUACAGGGAGCACACGCCCGGGUCAGCCAGGAGUUCGGCACCUGCCAGCCGCUCUCAGGCGGGAAGGACCUGGCCCAGCUCUUCGGGUUCACCCGGAACGCCUUCACCGUGCUGGCCAUGAUGGACUACCCCUACCCCACCGACUUCUUGGGGCACUUCCCCGCCAAUCCUGUCAAGGUGGCCUGCAACCUGCUGCUGAGCGAGAGCCAGAGGAUCAAGGGGCUCCGAGCACUGGCAGGGCUGGUGUACAACUCUUCAGGCACCGAGCCCUGUUACGACAUCUACCAGCAGUACCAGGCCUGUGCAGACCCCACAGGCUGUGGCUUGGGCCCCAAUGCCAAGGCCUGGGACUACCAGGCCUGCACGGAGAUCAGCCUGACUUUCUCCAGCAACAACGUGACGGACCUGUUCCCCGAGAUGCCCUUCACCGAGGAGCUCCGCCAGCAGUACUGCCUGGACACGUGGGGCGUGUGGCCCCGGCCCGACUGGCUGCACACCAGCUUCGGGGGGGCUGACCUUGGAUCUGCCAGCAACAUCAUCUUUUCCAACGGUGACCUGGACCCCUGGGCCAGGGGUGGGAUCCAGAGAAACCUGAGUGCGUCUGUCCUCAGCAUCACCAUCCGAGGCGGGGCACAUCACCUAGACCUCAGAGCAUCCCACCCGGCAGACCCCCCGUCCGUCCUGGAGGCGCGCAGACUGGAGGCCAUGCUCAUUCGCCAGUGGGUCGCGGAGGCUCGGCAGGUGCAGCACCAAGUCUCCAAGGCUGAAAGGCACUUCCCCAGCUAGGACCGGAGACGGCUGAGGGGGCUUGUCGAAGUGACCCCAGGGCUGGCCAUGCCCGAGGGAGGGGCUAGCCAAACCCCACGAGGAGGGAGUGGACGCACUGAAUGCACUGCAGUGCCACCCUUCCCCAUCUGCCACAAUAAAACGAUCCCCAACCCCAA